UCCGUUUCCGGCGGCCGCGCGCCCUCCGUCCGUGCCCGGUGGUGAUGGCUGCCGCUGCGCCCGUGUCCCCGGAGGAGCUGCUGCCCAAGGGCGGCGCGGGCAAGGCCGAGGAGCUGGAGGACGAGCUGGAGGAGGAGGAAGACGACGACGAGGAGCUGGACGAAACGCUGGCGGAGCGGCUGUGGGGGCUCACCGAGAUGUUCCCGGAGAGCGUGCGCGCCGCCGCCGGAGCCACAUUCGACCUGUCGCUGACCGUAGCGCAGAAGAUGUACCGAUUCUCCAGGGCAGCUCUGUGGAUCGGGACCACCUCCUUCAUGAUUCUGGUUCUCCCUGUCGUCUUUGAAACUGAAAAACUGCAGAUGGAGCAGCAGCAGCAGCUGCAGCAGCGACAGAUCCUCCUCGGACCCAACACGGGGCUCUCGGGAGGGAUGCCAGGGGCCCUGCCUCCACUACCUGGAAAAAUCUAAUUUGCGGAAGAGCUGCGUUGGAUUCAUACCAUGUGGGAAGACAGUGAGAUGAUGAUGAUCCGUCGAACUGUUGAUUUGUUGGGUCAGGGCAUUUUGGUUUUAUUUUUUUCCAUUUCUUUGUUUUUAUUUUUGGUUCUCCUUUGGGACAUUGACCUGUUCAUAAUAGCUGGGGGGAGUGGGGGAAGCCCCCCUCUGGACCUGC